GGUUAGAGUAGGAGGCCUCAGGCUGCGGAAGAACCAUGGCGACCAGCAUCGAGGAGAUCUUCCGUUCUUUUGUCGUAAAGAAGAUGAAGGAGAUAGAGGAUGAGAAGCAGCAGAGUGAAAAGGUGAUCAAUGGGGCAAACGGUGAAAUUAAACCUGUAGUGGAGGCAAAAGCAUCUGAAGAUGUGGUUGAUACCACUGUGGAUGUACAGGAGGAACCGAUUACGAAUGAUACCUAUCAUGUGUUAUCUGGUUUUCAAGAGGAUCAUCAAAAUAAUAAUCCUGAUAAAGAGAAUUUAACUGCAGAAAGUGUAGCAACAGAACAAAUUAAAUCCCCAGCUUUGGACAAUAAAGAAGGUAGUAUAACUCCAUCAAGACGGAAAAACAAAAAACAUAAACACAAGCAUCAUCACAAGCACAAAAGCAAAAAGAAGAAGAAAAAGAAGAGGAGAAAGAAAGACGAAAAGAGAGACCGCUCUAGGUCUCGUUCAGGAUCUCGUUCGAGUCGGAAAGCAGAGUCUGGCUUACAGUUACAAUCACAAUCUCAGUCUAAGUCAUCUUUAAACAAUGAAUGUAGCAGCAGGAAGAAUAAAAAUAUCUCCCUUUUGACAAAAUCAAGCAGAACUGGGUCAAAUAAAAAUGCAUUUGAUGAAGGAGCUGAUACAAAUACUGUUGUAACAAUGGGAGUUGGGAAAGAAAGCUUUGUGGUUGAAAAGAAGCCAUUGUUACAGGACAAUUGUGACAAAAGUCUACAUGUCAAAGAGAACAGUGUUGCUGACAUAAGUGUUAGUAAAGAAUGUAAGACAGUUGGAAAUGUUUCUGGAUUAUUGGCUGUAGCAUUAGCUGGUGAACAGAACCAAGAAUCCACAUUGUUUCAAAGUAGUGGUUUGGACAACGUACAGUCAAAAUCUACUCAGACUGUUGACGAAAAGAGUAAAAAUAACAGAACUGAGACAAGGAGAACAAAAAGAAGUCGGUCAAGAUCUCAUUCAAAGUCCGCAAAGCAUCAUAAGUCCCAACUGCAUUCCCACUCUCAACAUUCUCCUGUAAAGAAAUCACAUGCCAGCUCCAGCAGUCGGCAUCAUACACCCCAGAGUUCAUAUUCCAGGAAACAACUAUCACCAGUUCAACUUCAGUCAAAAUCAACCUCAAGGGAACAGAAGAAACACACAGAAUCAUCCCCAAAGUCUAAAAGGAAACAGUCUAGUUCUCACUCUAUAGCAAAGAAUGAACAACCAUCAAAAUCGAAAUCUCGGUCUCCUUCAAGGUUACACAGUAGAUCAAGGUCACACUCUAUAACAAGGACCAAACAGCAAUCAAAAUCACGGCAUUGUUCUAGGUCACGUUCACGUUCAAAACACAGGAGUAGGACUUGUUCAGGAUCUCCCAUGAGAUCAAAAUCCAGAGUCAAGCGAUCACACUCACCAAGACCUAGAUCAAGGUCCAGUGACAGGAGAUGUCAUCAACCAAGUUCUAGAGCAUACCAUAGUAAGCUUGUGAGGACAAGGAGGUCACCUGAUUGGCGGAGGAGAUCUAGAUCUCCUUUAAGGAGACAGAGUGCCAGCAGAACACCUGAGCGCCUCACAGACUUGGAUAAAGCACAAUUGCUAGAGAUAGCAAAAGCCAAUGCUGCAGCCAUGUGUGCCAAAGCUGGUAUGCCUUUGCCAGCAAACCUGAAACCUGUUGUGCCCCUUGUUAAAAAUGUGAUCACCAAAAAAAUAGGUUGUUCAUCAAUAGAAGAACUCACAGAGAAAUGCAAGAAAAUUGUUGAGAGCAAUGAUGAUAAUGAAUUGAGUAACAAGCCUCAUGUCUCUGAAGAGGAUGAAUCAUUCAUUAAUCAACCAAUUAAAGUUAAUGAACUGAAACCCAUUUCUUUCAACUUAAAUAAUGCCACAGUAAAACCAACACCAAAAACCCAGGUGGCUUUGACUAAGGAGUUCCCAGUCUCCUCUGGCACACAACACAGGAAGAAAGAGGUGCUGAAUGUUUAUGGUGAGUGGGUUCCUGUGGAGAAAGACAGUGAAGAGACUACAGAUGAUGUCUUUACAGAUGUUGAUACUCAGACGGUGGAUAUCUCUGUAACAAUGAGUGAGAGAGCAACAGCUCAGAAACGUCUUGUAGAAAAUCCAUAUGAUGUAGAGGCUAUGUCAAUGAUUCUUCGGGCACAGGAGCAGAUUGAUGUGUGGGCUCAGUCAAACUCUCUGCCUGGUCAAUUCACAGGCAGCACUGGAGCUCAAGUAUUAACCUAUGAGGAAUUAACAAACAGUGGUCCUCAAGCUUGGAUCAGGAAGGAUCAGUUCCUGAAGGCUGCACCUUUAACUGGAGGAAUGGGAGCACACUUGAUGCAGAAAAUGGGAUGGAGGGCAGGAGAAGGGCUGGGAAAAAACAAAAAUGGACCAGUAGAACCCAUAGUUGUUGACUUCAAGACCGAUCGUAAAGGUCUUGUAGCAGAAGGUGAGAAAACACAGAGGAAAUCUGCAAAUUUCCCCAUAAUGAAGGAUCUAUCAGGAAAGCAUCCAGUUUCUGCAUUGAUGGAAAUUUGUAACAAGAGAAAAUGGCCACCACCUGAUUUUUUGAUGGUUCAUGACAGUGGUCCUGAUCAUCGCAAACAUUUCCUUUUUAAGGUGAUGAUCAAUGGUACAGAGUACAAACCCAGCCUCCCCAGUCCUAACAAGAAGCAUGCUAAGGCCUCAGCUGCCACUAUUGCCCUGCAGGCCAUGGGACUCGUUCCAAAGGAUGGUGCUACUUCAGCCACAAGUUUUAAGAGUGCCUCAGAUGAUGCUAUGUGGUUCUUGCAGCUUCGUUUGAAACAGUCAAAGGCAGAUCGGCUCUCAUGGUACAUCCAAAUGCUUCUUGUGCAGUUUUCUCCAUUUCUCGCCAGUGCUGAGGCAUAGAAUAGAAAACUGAAGAAUGGCUACAAGGCUGGCACAUUGGAUUCAUUCCCGUAUAAGUAUUCUCCAAACGUUGUCUUUUAAUUCGUUGAAUUUGAACAGGUGAACAUCCAAUUAAAUAAUGGGGUGAUUCUUCUAGAAA